CAAAGCAAAACCAUCAGCAGCCAGAGCAGAGGGUACGCCGAAUCGUCGCUUGCUUCAUCAACACAUUUCGUUUCGACGGAUCCAAGCGAGAGCAUGCCAGUGGCAACAAUCUUUGAAGUGGAAUCAUUUUGACCAAGCUAGCAGAGAGCAACAUUCGUGUGUGUGCGAUUGAAACCCAAAAGACGACAUCGCAGCAAGCGGGAGCGCUAGAGCUGAAGCAGAAACGUUGUGUGCGAACAAGAAGAAGACCCAGAGGAAUAACAGCAACAAGAAGAGCGUGAUUUAUUCAGUGCCUGCUUCGUUGGAUCGGCUUUUGGAUAAGAGUGCGAAACCAGUGUUGUAGUUUCCGAGGGGAGGCGAUCUACGGAUGUGUGUUUGGUUGAUUGAUUUGGAUUACCAGUGAAUGGUGGGGGAUUGUUGUGAAAGAAUCUGAUUACGAUAUUCGUUGUAGAAAGUUGGAAAAUCAUAAACAUCUUGUGAAUUCAACCCUGGUGGGAGGUUUUUCACUUGGUCGCUGGUGGUAAGAAGCGCCACUACCGGCCACAGUUGGUACUAUCCUUGGCUGUACAGAGUGUGAAAUGGCGACAAAUGCAAAAUUUAUGUCUGAAUUGGAACGAGUGAGCAAUUUUCGGCCCAUACUAUAGACCCAAAUUGGUGUAGAUUUUGAGUGUGCGAUUGAGGGUGGAUUUGGAAUAUUAAGAAUCAAAAUGUCGGCAAAGGACGUUGAAAACGGGGAGGAUAGGAAAAUUUUGCACGCGAAGCAAAAUGACGUCGCUUCAGUGCAGUGCAUGAGCGGAGCAAAGCCUGCUACUGCUGUCGAGAGCGAAAUGAUCGGAACAGCAGCAGCAGCGCUCGAUGUGGCGCCCGAACGAACUAACAACACUUCGGGUGAAACCCGAACGAACACGGCAGCGACUGCUACGAUGAGUGUGGAUGAGAACGAUUCGGCUAGUGGGAAUUUCGCGGCUUCUUCCACUGCCGGAAUCGACGAUGGGUUGGCGGCAAUGUCCCCCGGCAGUGGCAGAGGUGGCGGCAGGAGAACAACGAUGACGGAACAAGGUAGCGAUGGAAGCGACAAAAACAACAGCAAACGCAAAACCCGCCGUGGCAAGACCAAGCGUGGUAAACGGUCAUCUAGUGCGCGACCUUAUUCCAAAUCCCAAUGGAAGUACCAUGUACCGAUGCUCCGGUCGACGGCGGCCAAUAAACGUCGCGUUAAGGUAUCCUUGGGGGGACUGACCACUAGAAGUGCUGGUAUCAUCACUACGAAGGAUCCGUUCAUCUUGUCCGAUCAACCACCGCUAGUGCCAUACAACACCAAUCGCUUCCUGAUGGAAGACCACAUGCCCCACGUCCUAACUCCCUCAGGUAGAACCCGUGAUUCAAGUUUUUCUAUAGAUUCAGAAGAAAAUUAUUUCUACUCACUACCAGAGGACGAAGAGGAAUUCCUGACCAAGGAGUUCUCCAGCGUGUACGAAGACGCGCGCUCGGAACGGCUGGAAGGGCUCAGCAAGAGCCAGCUGAUACAGGAGUACUUGCAGCUGGAGGCCAACUAUGAGCAAGUCAUGCGGCGCUACAACGCCGUCAAAUCGCUCUCAAUCAGGGAGGAAAACGAAAGUGCUGUGAAUAAUGCAACGAUGACGACCAAAGAUGCAAUCGAGGGAGGCGUGGCGUUAGCGGCGCCCGUUGCUGCAGCGACCGAUCGAAGAAGGCUGGAGGAUAGGAUUCGGGAGCUCACCGCAGAGAACCUCGAACUCCGCCGCCAGUUGGAGCACGCAUCGCGCCUCGGCAUGGUCCUGUCGGCCAAAUCAUCGCCACGCAGCUACGGCGGUGUAUCUGGGCCCCAGAUGGUCGAACGGAUGGACAGUUCCUCCUGCCAUGGCACGAGCAGCGAGGACAGCGAAUCGGACAGUUCCUCCUCGACCAGUUCCAGCAGUAGUGACAACGAUGACGACGAUGGCAGUUCCAGCAGCAUGAGCGACGAUGACAAUGACGACCGCGAUCGGGAACCACUGGUGGUUGCCAUGGAAGGAUCGGACGAAGCGGUCGUUCCGAUGGAAUCGAACGGCUGCCACCAGAACGGGGAUCUGUUGGCCGAUGAUGAAGAAGAACUGAGCGACGAGGACCACAAUGGACCGCUUUCUCCGCUGAGCGGACAGAGCAUCAAUUCCCCUCCUCCACCGCCGCUGGUGAUGAACUGAACUGCUCAAUCUCCCCGAUGGGGAGGGAGGAUUGUUACGGAUUGAACGAGGAUCUUCUUUUUUCGCUUCUAGUUGUAUUUGGAACGACCACAAUGAUAGUCAUUUUUUUGUAGGUAAGCUUAAGUGUAAUUUCUCAAUAUUUGAGAACCAGUUUUUUCCUACUUUCAUCAGUUGCUUGAUUUUAAAUGAUUCUCAGAAGAAAUAGUUUUAUGCUUUAAUAUAUACAUUUUGCGUCAAAAAUAAAAUAUUAAACCGAACUUGAACAAUGAAAAAAUACAAUAAAAAUCGUAAAAGUUUUCAACAAAAAAGUUAACCCCAUAAAAGUUUUGAGUUUUUAUUUUUCUUGCGACGAAUAAAAACGAGACAAAACAAAAAUGAAAUUAAUAUGUGAUUUCUUAACUAUAGGAGAACUAAUACGACACAUACAACUGUAACUGUUAAGGCGUAUGGUCGAAGAAGGGAAGCGCAUUUUACGUGAUCUAUAUGUAAGAGUGGGAUAUUUUUUUUUUUUUUUUGAUUUAGUGUUAGGAGGAGCAUCCGCGAGGGGCACAUUGCGCAACUUCGCAAAAAGGGGACAAUUUCGUACUGAAAAUUUAUACCAAAUAUAUCGGAUUCGAUAACUGUCCGCAGUGUGGCCCUCGUUCUCGCUGAAGCCGAAUCAGCGGCGUGAUUGAAAAGUGGAUGUGGCAUUACGGAGAACACUUGAAUGCUCGUUCAUUGACAGCUGAUACUCCGUUUGAUCCGUUAAGUGUCGGGUAGAGUCAUAUGCUUUUGAAAAUUUCUUGUAUCUCACAUUUAGUUUUUUCUUAAUUUUCUACCAAUAUCUUUUUACCGCGAGACAAAAAUUCAAAACUAGUUAGUUUUAAGUAACAUUCGUACUUUUCCUCUUUAUCCAUGGAUCUCAUCACCGGCCAAAGGUGACGCCCAGAUCUUUUCUAAUAAAAUCCUUUCCCGUGGUGAUUGUAGAGAUGCAGAGGUAUUGUCGGUCUCUAAAAACAAUUAUCACUUCACACUAACAUUCCUUCUCCAUCUCAAGUGACUGUAAGAAUUUGGCCGGCGCCGUUAUUGAUCAUUAAUAUUAGAGAUGCUAAAUUGUGCACAGCAGAGUCGCGUAACAAUUUGAAAGGACCAAUCCUUAGAUUGUUGAUUCUGAGAAAAUUUGAUGCGGCCCUCUUGAUAUAGAGAGAUCUUAUCAUUGGCCCUUUCGUGCAGGGGGCCUAUGAAUGAUUUGAAAAAAAGAAGUUAUUGCCCGUUUUGAAAAUAGGGCUUAUAACGUUAUUAUACAACCAGUUCAUCCCCACGGCUUCAGCGAGAGCCGCUCCGAAGCAACAAAAAACAAAACUGGGAAUCAUAAUGUGAUUAACAGAGACAAAAAGUAAACUUGCGAAACACACAAACCUAGGGUUAGUAAGAGUUAAGAAUAAGAGAGCCAACACCGCAGUAAGUCGUUAGAAAACGACGCUGAAUAAUUGAUAUUUAUCAAUAUUUUUAGGGCGAAAAUUUUACAACUUUCGGAAAAAAAACUUAGACGAAAAAGAAUACAAACGAAAUAUUUAAAAAGUAGUGAAAAGCUUGUUUUAGAUUGUUUUCUUACUCCGAAAAUUUAGGUAUUUGGAAAACGAAAUCGAAACCUAAAAUGUGAAAUAUUCGACUUAAGAGUUCUAUUAUUUCGUAAAAAAAAUAACCAUUACUGCGGGUAGAAGUGUUGCGACAAAAUCAACCAGAUGUGUAUUUGACUAUCUACAUCAAUUGCUAUUUUCGAGAAGAGUAAAACCGAGCGCUUACUUCUGUUAUACACUUUACUAUACUAUCGAACAAGCAUGAUUAUUACCAUUAUACAGCUACAUUAACAUUACCGGGGAGUUAAUAUUAGAGCAGAGUAGAAGCAAGGAUGGAUGGAAAAGUAGUACCGAGACGAGAUAGAAUGAUCUAUGCGCUAAACCUUGCAUGAUGACUAAGAGAAUGAAGGCAUAUAAACGGAUAAUGUGGUGGAAUGCAAAACUAUGUUAAGCCUAAGUGUUGUUUGGAGAAAAAAUAAACAUAGAAAAUAUAUUAAUGAUUAGUAAAA